CCAACUAUUCAACUCCAACAUCAGUUUACCGCAGCCGCUUUCACAAUCCGCUCUUAACUAUUCGACGACGGUGUGGCGGUGGCGUUGACGAUGUCGAUGGCGAUGGUAGAGCGGACCGAUUGGCGGAGCGGACUGGCACAGGCACUGGUAGUAUGUGCGUGGCAGCAGAAGAGAGCGGACCGCCGAACUCGGACAUUUUCGGUGCCGUAGAUGUGCAUCCCCGGACAUGGCCAUGGACUUUGAGGAGAUACUGGGCAAGUGCGGCGACUGCCAUCGCUACCAGUACAUGCUGUUGGCUCUCUACGGACUGCUCAUGUUCAUCGUUUCCCGCCAGUAUUUCGCCCAGAGCGUCAUCAGCUUUGUGCCCGAUCACUGGUGCUAUCACGAACAGCUGGUGAAUCGAAGCUAUGCCGAAAUCGCUGCAAUUUAUGCUCCGUUCAAGAGACCUUCGUGCACGCGACUGGAAUCAAUCAACGCGGAUGGGAGCAAUGCCACUGCCAGCGACCAGCCCUGCAAUCGCUGGAUCUAUAACGACGAUCAUGGAUUCAGGAGCAUGAACGCCGAUCUGAACUGGGUGUGCGAUGAGGCGUACAAGGCGCGAGUGGGUCAGUCCCUGUUCUUUGUGGGCUCCAUGUGUGGCACUCUACUCUUUGGAUUGCUCGGCGACCGAAUCGGACGCAUCAGAGCCGUGGUUUUGGCCAACUGGUGCGGCUUCCUGGGCGACGCGGCCACCAUCUUCGCCCAGAGCCUAGUGACUUUCUCGGCCAGCCGGUUCGUAUCUGGCCUGGCUGCUGAGGCCAACGCCUACCUCAUGUAUAUACUGGUGCUGGAGUACGUCUCGCCAACGAUGCGUAGUGUGGGCCUGAACCUCACCAUGUCCGUCUUCUACUGUCUGGGCAUGAUAAGUGCGUCCUGGCAGGCCGUCUGGCUGGGCGGCUGGCGCCCCUUCAUGGCCUGGUCCGCCCUGCCCCAAUUACUAGUCACGGGGUUCUAUUUCCUUGUUCAGGAGAGCGCCCAGUGGCUGGUCACGCGCCACGACAUCGAUGGCGCCGAGUUGAGGCUACGGCGGGUGGCAAGGUUCAACCGGCGGGAGGUCAGCGAGGCGGACUUCGAGCUGUUCCGCCAGCACUGCAAGACCAAGGAGUCAGAGGCCAGCAGCCGGGUCUCCAUGCAGAAGCAGUCUCGGCUCAUCGACGCCACCAAGUUCCCGAGGCUGCGCCUUAGACUGAUAUACGUGCUGGUUGUCUUUUCGAUAACGGUGCUCUGCUAUAACACGAUGUCCCGUAACGUGGAAGGCCUGAGCAUAUCGCCGUUCGUGAUGUUCACCCUUUUCGCCCUCACCCUGCCACCUUCGGGCAUUUUCCAGACCCAAGUCCAGAAGAACUUGGGUCGUAAGUUUACCUCGGUGGUCAGUAUGACAGCGACGGGCGCGAUGACCGCGGCCACGGGCAUUUUGCUGACCCUUUGGACGCAGCCUAGUGCCAUGGUGAUGGUGUGCCUGCUGCUGGUGUCCCGAUUUGGGAUCUCCGUGAUCACCGGGUCCACGAUGCAAAUAUCGGCCGAGCUGAUUCCCACCUGCGUGCGAUCCAGUGGUCUUGCCGUGAUCCACGUCACGGGUGCAGCCUUCUCCUUCCUGUCGCCCUUCAUUCUGCACCUGGACACCUAUUUCCGGGCAGCGUCCUCGAUCAUCCUCUGCCUGCUGCUCCUGCUGAGCGCCUGGAUAUGUCUGCUCCUCCCAGAGACGCGAAAUAAGAAGCUGCCCAUGAGCCUGGCGGAGGGCGAGGAGUUCGGCAAGGACGAGCGGAUGUUUGACUUCCUGAGAAGGUCCCAAAAGGAAGAUCAACAUGAUCUCAGCGCUGGCACUAACGAGAAACUUAUGGCGGAAUAAAUAUACUUACCAUGAACGUGCUAAGAUUGGACUUAAUUAGAACUGUAACGACCUGUAUUUCAGAAAACUGCAUUUAAUUACAUUUGCUGAAAUUGAUUUUGAGCAAAAAGCUGACAUACAAAAUUGUUGUGUUGAAUUUGUUGUAGUUAAAAUUGUUUUGUUAUACGCUUUAUUUUACACGCAAAGUUUUUAUAAUUUUUAUACAUUAAUAAUUAGUAUAAGCAAUUCAGGGCUAAAAAUAUACUAUUUAUAAGGGCUUGACGAAAUCCAAUAAUCAGCCAGAAACAUAUAUAUCUAGGGGGUUCAACGAUUCUAGACAAACAAGACUUGUUUAACUACAUUAUGAGCUACAAGAUAAAAAAUAAGUUGACAGUACGAAUGGCAAUAAAGACUGUGGUAAUUACUGAUAUUGUAUUGUUCAUUCGACAAGAAAAGAUUUGGCAUCAUUUAAUAACUUUUUGUCAUGUUCAUGGUC